AGCGGACUGUGGCUUAAGCCCGACUCGGCGCAGGCUUUCGCGCUCGCGCGGGCGCGGGCUGCCACUGCAGCGGAGGGGGUGAUGGUGCAUUACCCAGACGAGAUCGAGUACUCUGAGAAGUACAUGGAUGACAAGUUCGAGUAUAGGCACGUGAUGCUACCAAAGGCGGUCGCGAAGGACAUGUACAAGCUAACCAACGGCAAGCGGCUUCUCGAAGAGGACCCGACGAGUGGCGUGGGCUGGGAGUGCAGCAGAGCAGGGGCUGGGCGCACUACGAGAUCCACCGCCCGGACGCCGCACAUCCUCCUCUUCCGCCGCCUGCUGGGCACCGACCCGCAGACCGGCAAGGUGCCCGAGGUACGCUGAGGGGCGCGCGUUGCUUCGGAUCAGGUCUGCGGGCACUUGGCGCCGCUGCAAGGCAGCGCAGAAUCGGGGGCUGCCAAGGGUGCCCCCGGCCCGAGGUGCGCGGGCUCGGGCGUUGCGCCAUGAGAGCGCGGUAGACUGGGGGCACGAGAGGUGCAGCUUUGGUGCUGAGCAUCGAAGGGGCGCGAAAGGUGUAAGUUCCCCCCCCCCCUUUUUGUCGCCCCCCGCAUUCAGCACGUCCCUCCUCCCUCUACUCUCCCUUGGCUCCAGGCCCGCGGCGAAUCUCCCCCGGAGCGGGUUGCCUACAGGAGGCAGCUGGCGCUCCUUAGGGCCAGGUGCGGUCGCGGGCGAGGCUUUUAACGUGACGUGGGUGCCCGCGGACGGGGCCGCUGCACCGCGCCACGGCGCCAAGCACGAGGAGGAGGACGAGGAGGAGGAGGAGGAUGACCAGUCUUUUAUGUCUACGUCAUUGCUGUCCUCUCCCUCUCCCCUCCUCUCCUUCCCCCUGCACCCUUAAUUCGCGGACCGCGGGGGCGUUCCCAUCGCGAGAGCGCGGGCCGGCGAACAG